UCCUUUCAGGAAAUCAAAACCCCUCCCUCUCUCUCCUCUUUCUCUCUCUAGGUUUUAUGAAUUUUCCCUUUCGUUUCUCUAUCUCUCUCUUCCAGACGGCUUCCCGACUUUUUGCCCCAAACCCCUCCACACACUUCUCUAUCGCCCACGCCUGCAACUUCACCACAAAACCCUACUUUUCCACCUCCACAAACCCUAGCAGAAUCGCCAUGGCUGAGACCUCCAUCGAUUCCUUGAAAGGAACUUUAGCCCAGAAGCGAGCCUCAGCAGAAGCUCAGGGCCAAGCCGUUCGUGCCUUGAAGGCUAGCGGUGCAAGCCCGUCAGAGGUGGAAUCAGCUGUGAACUCGCUUAAGGCCCUGAAAGUGGAGGUCGAAGCGCUCUCUAAGGAACUCAAUUCUAGGGUUUCGGAGAAUGGAGGUGGUAAUAGGGACGAUUUUAGGCAGGGUGUGGUGAAUGCUCUAGAGAGAAGGCUGUUUUAUAUUCCAUCUUUCAAGAUUUAUAGGGGUGUUGCGGGGUUGUAUGAUUAUGGGCCACCUGGUUGUGCAGUCAAGUCUAAUGUUCUAGCUUUUUGGCGUGAGCACUUUGUCCUAGAGGAAAACAUGUUGGAAGUGGACUGUCCUUGUGUGACUCCUGAAGUUGUGUUAAAAGCUUCAGGUCAUGUCGACAAAUUUACAGAUCUUAUGGUAAAGGAUGAGAAAACAGGUACAUGUUACAGAGCAGAUCACUUGCUCAAGGACUUUUGCAAGGAUAAGCUUGAGAAGGACCUCACUCUACCUGAGGAAAAGGCCAUGGAAUAUAAGCGUGUUAUGGCAACUUUGGAUGACCUCUCUGGCAAGGAAUUGGGUUCAAAACUCAAGGAGUAUGGUAUAGUUGCGCCAGAUACAAAGAAUCCUCUCUCAGAUCCAUACCCUUUUAAUUUGAUGUUCGCGACCUCUAUAGGCCCUUCUGGCUUGAGUCCUGGGUACAUGCGCCCCGAGACUGCCCAAGGUAUAUUUGUCAAUUUCAAGGACCUGUACUAUUAUAAUGGUAACAAGCUUCCUUUUGCCGCAGCUCAAAUUGGUCAGGCUUUCAGAAAUGAGAUAUCUCCUCGACAAGGUCUCCUAAGGGUUCGGGAGUUCACCCUAGCGGAGAUUGAGCAUUUUGUGGACCCUGAUGAUAAAUCUCAUCCAAAAUUUAAGGAUGUAUCUAAUCUGGAAUUCUUCAUGUACCCAAGAGAUGAGCAAAAGGAGGCAAAACCAUUUAAGAAGCUCCAGCUUGGUGAUGCAGUUAAAAAGGGAAACAUCAACAAUGAGACAUUGGGUUAUUUCAUUGGGAGGACAUACCUUUUCCUGACAUCUCUUGGGAUUGACAAAGAACGAUUGCGCUUUAGGCAGCAUAUGGCCAAUGAAAUGGCUCACUAUGCUGCAGAUUGUUGGGAUGCUGAAAUUGAGUCCUCUUAUGGCUGGAUUGAGUGUGUUGGUAUUGCAGAUCGCUCUGCAUAUGACCUCCGUGCUCACACAGAGAAAAGUGGUGUCCAGCUAGUUGCUCAAGAGAAAUUUGCAGAACCUAGAGAAGUAGAGAAAUUGGUUAUCACCCCAUCAAAGAAGGAGGUUGGGCUGGUUUUCAAGGGCAAUCAAAAGAAAGUGAUUGAAGCACUCGAGGCCAUGAAAGAAGCAAAGGCUAUGGAAGUGAGGGCCAACUUAGAAGCCAAAGGGGAGGUGGAAUUCUUUGUCUGCACCCUUGGGCAAUCUGUCACCCUAACAAAGAACAUGGUCUCUAUCUCUAAAGAGAAAAAGAAGGAACAUCAAAAGGUUUUCAUUCCUUCUGUGAUUGAACCAUCAUUUGGUAUAGGUCGUAUCAUAUACUGCCUUUUUGAGCAUUCCUUCUACACUAGACCAAGCAAAGCUGGAGAUGAACAGUGCAAUGUGUUUAGAUUCCCUCCCCUGGUGGCUCCCAUUAAGUGCACUGUUUUCCCAUUGAUUCAAAAAUCAGAAUAUGAAGAAGUUGCUAAACUUAUCUCCAAGGCCUUGACACGUGCUCGCAUAUCUCAUAAGAUUGACAUAACUGGAACCUCUAUUGGGAAGCGCUAUGCUAGAACUGAUGAACUGGGGGUUCCAUUUGCUAUCACUGUGGACUCUUCGAACUCUGUUACAGUCCGAGAGAGAGACUCUAAGGAUCAGGUUCGUGUUAGCGUGGACGAAGUGGCAUCAGUUGUGAAGGACGUUACAGAUGGGGAUAGCACUUGGACCGAUAUCCUUUCAAGAUACCCUUUACAUUCAUCCUAUUCAUCAGAUGAAGGAGUUCUGAUUGGGGACAUUCAUUCCAAGAGUUAAGUAAAUAAUUUCUUCCCCUUGUUAUUUAAGAGAGAACAGUUUUGCAUACUCAUUUUGUGUUUUCCUUACAAGCUGAGAUGGGUUUUAGUUUCUUGACUCUUUUUUUUUUGGGCUAUAACUAUCUGUGAUAGUUUUUCAGCAAACAAUUUACUCUUGUCAGUUAUCAUUGACCAAAAAAUAACAUUAAACUUGGUGGUUUUGGAGUAUCUCAAGGAAAGGAAAGGUUUUAUCCAAUGGGAGAACCUUGACGCGUUGGAGUUAAUUCAUCAAUGGAAUCUUGUAUUAAGAACAUCAAUUCACAUAUUUGAUUAUGUUGUAGAA